AUGAAGACUGCAUCUACAAACAUUUGUGAAAGAAUGGGUCGCUCUCAGGAGCUCAGUGAAUUCAAGCGUGGUACUGUGAUAGGUUGCCACCUGUGCAAUAUAUCCAUCCGUGACAUUUCCUUGCUACUAAAUAUUCCACGGUCAACUGUUAGUGGUAUUAUAACAAUGAGGAAGCAACUGGGAACAACAGAAACUCAGCCACAAAAUGGUAGGCCAGGUAGAAUGACAGAGCGGGGUCAGCACAUGAGGAAGCACACAGUGCACAGAAGUCGCUGUUAAAUACCUUCAAACUUCAUUUUCAGUGCAGAGAACUCUUAAGGUGUCAGCAUACCAAGACAUUUUUGACAAUUUCAUG